GACACCGGCCGGAGGCGGUGGCAGAGCCUGGGAGAUGGGGAGGGCUUCCGGGGCUGCCGGCCGAACCGCUGAGAGCUGCUGUCAUGGCGGCUACUCUGUGGGGCUUCUUCUCCGCCCUUCUGCUGCUGCUGCUAGCAGGGGAUGCCCAGAGCUCGGAGGUGCCCGGGGCUUCUGCCGAGGGGUCGGGAGGGGUGGGGGUGGGCACAGGAGAUCGCUUCAAGAUUGAAGGGCGUGCGGUUGUUCCAGGCGUGAAGCCCCAGGACUGGAUCUCGGCGGCCCGAGUGCUGGUAGACGGAGAAGAGCACGUCGGCUUCCUCAAGACAGAUGGGAGUUUUGUGGUUCAUGAUAUACCUUCUGGGUCUUAUGUCGUGGAAGUUAUAUCUCCUGCUUACAGGUUUGAUCCCGUCCGAGUGGAUAUCACUUCAAAAGGAAAAAUGAGAGCAAGAUAUGUGAAUUACAUCAAAACAUCAGAAGUGGUCAGACUGCCCUAUCCUCUCCAAAUGAAAUCUUCAGGUCCACCUUCUUACUUUAUUAAAAGGGAGUCAUGGGGCUGGACAGACUUUUUGAUGAACCCAAUGGUUAUGAUGAUGGUUCUUCCAUUGUUGAUAUUUGUGCUCCUGCCCAAAGUGGUCAACACAAGUGAUCCUGACAUGAGGCGGGUAAGAUGA